AUGCCCUUGUAUCUGACCUUCCUAGCUGUCUCCGAUAUACUCGUCCUGUAUAGCGGGCUAUUGAGACAAUGGAUUAUUUACAUGUUUGACGUCGAUGUGCGUGACCUUCACCCUGCUCUGUGCAAGGUCAACACGUGGUUGGUUUACGUCAGCCUUGACCUUUCUGCCUGGAUUCUUGUUUCCGUUACAAUUGAGCGCGCCUUACUAGUAUGGUAUCCGCUUACAGCCAAGGUCAUGUGCACAACAAAAACUGUCACCGUUAAUAUGAUUGUUGUGUGUUUCUCGCUUCUCGGAAUAAACAGCCAUUUCUUUCUGCUGUGUGGUACUGAAACAGAAAUAUAUGAUUACUUCCUGGAAUAUGUUUUUCCCUGGAUUGACCUCUGUUUGUUCUCAAUCGGGCCGUUUCUUUUCCACAUCGUCGGUAACACAUUUAUCAUCAUUCGUUUGGUAACCGGGAUCCGCAUCAUGGCCCAGCUUCACAUGGCGUCGAACGAACGCGCCGUUAUGAGACAACGUCAGGUGACGUCCAUGACUGUCAUGCUUCUGAGCCUCAAUCUGGUAUACCUCGUCUGCACGCUACCAAUAUCUAUGUACCUCGUUUCCUUGAUUUACUGGGAGAAGGACGAGUCACCGGAAGCUGACGCCCAACGCCGGCUUGUGUACGCAUGCGUCAAUCUUCUCAUGUACCUCAACAAUUCCACAAAUUUUAUUACGUACACGUUCAGUGGAAGGCAGUUUCGUAUGGAAUUCUACGCAUUAUUCUGCAAUUAA